AUGGCGCCUCCAUACAAUCCUUAUCCAUAUGCUGACAAGAAUCACCUAAAAAUUCCAGAUGUUUUUCCGACAAUGCAUGUUUUGAGAGGGUUCCCCGCCUACAUCCCACUUCCCUUCCAUGACACUUAUCGACGAGUCCGAACAAAUUCUCAAAAUAAGAAAUACGAGCACAUUUAUAAGACGUGUUCUGGAAAUAAUUGUGGAUUUUGGAUGAAUGUUAAGAACAACAAAACAGUACCCGCCGGACGUACGGAAUUCAAUAUUUACCUUGGGAAGCUAGUUGUGGAGAACAUCAGACAACAUGAUGCAGGGAUGUAUAUGACAGGGGAUAGGAAUAAUUCAAUUAUGGUUUACACUUUGAAAGGAAUAUUGUAG